AUGCUGCUGGAAGCCGAGACUGAAGAUGUUAAGGGCCCGGUUUUCAAUCUCCAAGUCGCACCCCCUGCCCAUCAGGGGGCUCGCGGGGGACUGAGCCCCAUCUGUAGCCCCUCAGGUCGGACGGCGAGAGGGAGUGGGCAUCGCAGUCUGGUGGUGGGGUUGGCCCGGGGUCCCAGGUGCGUCCGAGCAGCGCUGCCCAUUGGGGGACUUCCCAAGACCCCGGGUUCUAUUGUGGAUGUUAUUGUUGGGAAAGACGAAAAAGGCAGAAAGAUUCCAGAAUAUCUAAUCCAUUUUAAUGGUUGGAACAGAAGCUGGGAUAGGUGGGCAGCUGAAGAUCAUGUCCUGCGAGAUACCGACGAAAAUCGGAGAUUACAGCGGAAACUGGCAAGAAAAGCUGUAGCUCGCCUAAGCACAGGAAGAAAGAAGAAGCGCUGCCGAUUGCCUGGUGUCGAUUCUGUCUUAAAAAGCCUCCCCGUUGAAGAAAAAGAUAAAAGUGAUGAGAACUCUGUAAGCACUUCCUCUGGUGACAGCAGUGAAGAAAAGGAUGGCGCAAUAAGUGAAGAAAGUGACAUUGAAGAAAAGACUGAAGUGAAGGGACAACUGGAGCCGCGCAGGAAAAGGGCGAUGGACGAAAGAGCAAUCACUAUAGACAUCCCCGACGUUCUGAAGAAGAAGCUGGAGGACGAUUGCUACUACAUCAACAGGAGGAAACGGUUAGUGAAACUUCCGUGCCAGACCAACAUCAUCACGAUCUUGGAAUCGUACGUGAAGCAUUUCGCGAUCAAUGCAGCCUUUUCCGCCACUGAGCGGCCCCGGCAUCAUCACGCCAUGUCCCAAGCCAGCAUGAAUGUGAAUUACAUCCCAGCAGAAAAGAACGUGGACCUUUGCAAGGAGAUGGUGGACGGAUUAAGAAUAACCUUUGAUUAUACUCUCCCCUUGCUCUUGCUGUACCCAUACGAACAAGUUCAGUAUAAAAAGGUGACUUCGUCCAAAUUUUUUCUUCCCAUUAAGGAAAGUGCCACCAGCAGCAGUAGGAGCCAGGAGGAGCUCUCUCCCAGCCCGCCUCUGUUGAAUCCGUCCACCCCGCAGUCCACGGAGAGCCAGACGUCUGUUCCUUCCGAAGAAACACCUGUGCAUAGCAGAUCCUCCUCACCUGUUCCCGUGACCCCCAGCAAGGAAGGCAGCGCGGUGUUCGCCAGCUUCGAAGGCAGAAGGACUAAUGAGAUCAAUGAGGUCCUCUCCUGGAAACUUGUACCAGACAGUUACCCUCCGGGCGACCAGCCGCCUCCACCCUCGUACAUUUACGGGGCGCAACACUUGCUGCGAUUGUUUGUGAAACUUCCAGAAAUCCUUGGAAAGAUGGCCUUUUCUGAGAAGAACCUGAAGGCUUUACUGAAGCACUUUGAUCUCUUUCUGAGGUUUUUAGCAGAGUACCAUGACGACUUCUUCCCAGAGUCUGCCUAUGUCGCCGCCUGUGAGGCGCACUACAGCACUAAGAACCCCAGGGCCAUGUACUAGCGGUCGUGGCUCUGCAAGAACAGCUUCUCUGCGGAGCUCUGCGCUCUUGCUCCCCAGGAGAGAGCUGGGGAGCCGGUGGGAGAGGCGAUGCCCACCCUAGGGGGGCACUACAGAGGCGGGCCCAGUUCUUUGAGUUAUUACAUCCUGUAGUUGUUAUUUUUAAGUAGUACUUUCUUGAUGCCUGAACAGCCUGCAACAUCUGACCCCAGCCGCUGCACGCGCCACCUGCGGCGGCCGUAGAGCGCAGCCUUGUCCCUAGUGAGAUGUUCGGGGAAAUGCGCGCAGGUCAGGCUGUUUCAGUAGGAAUUGGCAUCAUUAGCAAUAACCCCACUUUUUAGUUCUUCGUUAGCACUAAGCAAAAUGGUUUUUGCAAACUUCUUAUUCUUAGAUGAUAACUGAGCAACUCUAUAAUAAAUUUUCGUUUUGCUCGGAAAUUGCCAAGUAGUCCCCGAAGAUUUCAGAAGGAAUUGCUAUUGGAGGCCAAAGAAAAGGGGCAGCUAGACAUUUGCUUGCAGUUCCUUUUCUGUAGAGCCUUAUUUUGGGUGAUCUAAAGAAAGCCUUGCCUGAUUUGUUUGAGAUUUUACAGCUCUACUUCGUUGUGUAAUGUGACGCUUCCCGUUCUGUGAGAUGUUAUUUUUGAGGUCCUAAAUAAAGCCGAGCCCGUCUUGUUGGAAGGAGCCAGGAGAGAGUUGGCAGUCUGGCCUUGUCCUCUUUCUUGAGUGCAAAGAACAGUCAGGUCACUUCUUGGCUCUUAACUUCU